AUGGAUUGGGACGGCCAUCAACGGGCUGUGGCCGAGGUCCUGGCCACCAUGCAACAGGCGGUCGUCGGCGUUCUCGUCGACACCCACUUUAUCCUCCACGGCAAACACAUUGCCAUCAUGUCGCUGGCGGAGGGCACCGGCCAGCAAGACGGGUACGUUGAGCAGUACCGGAAACUUGCCAUGAACAUCGAAAAGCUCGAUGCAACCGUCCUUGCUCUUCACGAGCACCUGCUUGUCCAUCUCCCCGUCUCUUCCAGACAACGUCCUCGGCAAGACCAAGCAAGCAUGGACGAACAUUUUCUGGUCUUGAUGACUGAGAAGGUUGGAGACAGCCUUCCCAAGUUGGCGGCCGACCUGGACAGCUGGUUCCAUGACUUCGCUGAAGUCACAACAAAACAAUUGGCAAUCACGGUCCGUUGGAAACUUGCUCUCGGGUGGAAGUUUGAUUCCAAGCGGUUUAUUCUCAAGAUGAGGGCAAAAGGUUUACGAAAACGCAUCUUUGAAACCACAGGAGUAUUGGAAGACCUAUUGGUGAAGGAUAGAAAUCGUCGACACCACCUUGCCUCCGCAGGCUAUCCAGAGGGUUCUUUACCAAAUCUUUCCCAGCCAAAUGGUCCCCUACCAAAUGAUCUCCUACCAAACGGUCCUCUACUGAACAGUUCUCUGCCACAUGGUCGCCUGCCAGAUGGUCGCCUAUCAGAUGCUGCUCUACCAUACAGUCCUCUACCACAGAGUCUCUCACUAAACAAUCUCCUACCACGUAGUCGCCUACAAGACGAUCCCGUUCAACAUGGUCGCUUGUCACAUAGUCGUCUGGCAGAUGAUCCUUUACCAGCUAGUCGCGUGUCACCACUCUUAUCAAAACUUCUCCAAUCAAGAGGUCUUCUACCAAACGGUCUUCUACAGAAUGAUUCCCUACCACAUGGUGGCCUGGCAGAUGAUUCUUCACCAGCUAGUCGUGUGUCACCACUCUUAUCAAAACUUCUCCAAUCAAGAGGUCUCCUACCAAACAAUCUUCCGCCAAACAGUCAUCUACCACAUGGUCGCCUUCCAGAUGAUCCGCGGCCGAAUGGUCACCCUUAUAGCCCAUGGCUACACUCUACUAUGGCAGUCAGUGCGGAUCCGGUCUCUGCAGACGUUCCCUCAGCUAAUCGAGCCAUAAUACCUCCUAUCUCGACUUCAGAGGUUCCACGCUCUAUCCUUGGUAAAUCCAGAGCUACCGGAGAAUUAUCUUUGCCACAAUCAUCAUCAACAUCAUCGUCUGUUGAUUUCGAUUUGCACAAUCUCCGAGAAUUGAGCAGGAAGCCUCGUCCACCAACAGUUGAUAGAACCGAUGUGCUACCGCUAGACGAAGAAAAAUCUCCUCGACCCUUUUCAAGAUUCUUCCGUUUGCCAUUGACGCCAAGGAAGCCACGAGGACCGGAUCCAUCUGCUUGGAACACGUCCUGGCGUUCCCGUUCUGAGGACUCAAUUGAAUCGCCCAUACCAGGCAGAACGCGGCUAGGCAACUCUGCUAAUCUGAAGCCUAUUGGUAGUCUCCAUCAUCCAAGAGAUGCAGAGGACCCUAGCCCUAGCCCCGCUCGCCUCAGCCCACCGUCACUUCAAGAUAACGACUGGCUUUACCCAAAUUCAGAUGAUAUUGGACUUCCAUUACCUGAAUCUGCAGCACCGCGACCACUCUCGCUAGAAGAUCGAGAGUGGCUGUAUUCAGCAUUCGACGAAGACCAGUAUGAUCAGACGUACGAUCCCGAUGUCCCGUUUCGCCAGCUGUCGCCUAUGCCCAUCUCGGAGGCAGCAAGAAGCUACGCAAGUCUUCCUUGA